AGAACAAAAUGCAUUUGAACUAUUGUCUUGAUUCUUCCGAAGAGAGAGUAAAGCGUGCAAAAAUUGUCCAAGAUUACUUCUGCUUUUGUUCCCUCCUUUUUCAUCCUUACUCGUGUUCUCUACUUAAAGAUUUUGACUUUAAGCAAAUUCAUCCAUCCCCUUUUUUUUGCGCUUUAAACCAUCAAAGCAGAGGUAUCAGCAACAUGGUUGAAGCCAAAAGAUUUGGGCAAUCCCACGUUUUUAGUAUCACAUGAAAAAGAAACCAAAAAAAAGCAGAGAAAAAUGCAUGGCAUGACCCACAAGAGAGGCCCCAGUGCUUUGGACGAUUGCAAUCUAUGGUUUGGACACCAUCGGUUUGACAAAAUUUGCCAAAGAUGUUAAACAAAGUCUGUCUUUGUCCUUUUUCCUUAACCCCACUUCUCCAUUCUCGUUUACUCUCUUAAGUCUAAACUUCUCGUUCUUUACCUCUUACUCUCUUAAUUUUCCAUGGACAAGCGGCAGCUAUCCCUGGCUAAGAGUGCCAGGCAGAGAUGCAAUGAAUGGAUUUUUCGGGAUGUUGCAACUGACAUCACUAUAGAGGUCAAUGGAGGGACGUUUGCACUGCAUAAGUUCCCUCUAGUUUCUCGAAGUGGGAGAAUCCGGAAGUUAGUUGCAGAACAUAGGGAUUCUUAUGUCUCAAGAGUGGAACUUCUUAAUCUACCAGGAGCUACUGAGUCAUUUGAGCUGGCUGCAAAAUUCUGUUGUGGUAUUAACUUUGAAAUUACAUCAUCAAAUGUGGCUCAACUCUGCUGUGUUUCUGAUUACUUAGAAAUGACUGAAGAGUUCUCAAAAGAUAAUCUUGGUUCUCGUGCUGAAGAAUAUUUGGAGAGCAUUGUUUGCAAGAAUCUUGAAAUGUGUGUUGAAGUUUUGCAACAAUGUGAGAAGCUACUUCCUCUGGCUGAUGAGCUGAAGAUAGUUAGUCGUUGCAUAGAUACAAUAGCUUCCAAAGCCUGUGCUGAACAGAUUGCUUCAAGCUUCUCACGUUUACAGUACAGCAGUUCAGGUAGGCUUCACAUGAACAGACAUGCCAAAUGUGAAGGAAACUGGUGGAUAGAAGAUCUGUCUGUUCUUAGGAUAGACCUGUAUCAAAGAGUGAUGACAGCAAUGAAAUACCGUGGGGCCCGUCCUGAGAGUGUUGGUGCAUCCCUUGUAAAUUAUGCCCAAAAGGAGCUGACCAAGAAAGUCAGUUUAUGGAAUCCAUCUGGACAGGCAAAAGUUGAUCUGACUUCAGAAUCAAAUUCAAAUGAACGAGUUGUGGUUGAAACCAUUGUCAGCCUUUUGCCUGUUGUAAAACUUCUUGUUCCUAUCACUUUUCUUUUCGGUCUUCUGUGUAGUGCGGUGAUGCUUGAUUGCAGCAUUGACUGUAGACUUGAUUUAGAGAGAAGAUUGGAUCUCAUUCAAAGGAUCUUAGUAAAUUUCUCACAACAAGAUGAUAGUGAUGAAGAUUUGGAUGAUGCAUCUGUUUUUGAGUCAGAUAGUCUUCCUUCACCAUCCCAAACUGCUCUGUUUAAAGUUUCAAAACUAGUUGACAAUUAUCUUGCUGAAAUUGCUCCCGAUGCAAACCUAAAGCUUUCAAAGUUCAUGGCCAUUGCCGAAACUUUGCCAACACAUGCUUGUACCAUUCAUGACGGGCUAUAUCGUGCCAUUGAUAUUUACCUGAAAGCUCAUCAGGGUUUAUCAGAAAUAGACAGGAAGAAGCUUUGCAAAUUAAUUGAUUUCCAAAAGCUCUCGCAAGAAGCUGGUGCACAUGCUGCACAAAAUGAACGCCUUCCCCUCCAAUCCAUUGUCCAAGUGCUCUAUUUUGAGCAAUUAAGGCUCCGGAAUGCUCUGUGCAGCUCCUAUGCUGAUGAUGAUCCCAAGCCAAUGCAGCAGUCAUGGAGGAUCAACAGUGGUGCACUCAGUGCAGCAAUGUCUCCUCGAGACAACUAUGCAUCAUUGAGGCGAGAAAACCGUGAGCUAAAACUUGAGCUUGCUCGGUUACGGAUGAGAUUAAAUGAUCUAGAGAAAGAUCAUGUCUGCAUGAAGAGAGAUAUGGCAAGGUCUCAUUCUCGUAAGUUCUUAACUUCUUUCUCAAAGAAAAUUAGUAAACUGAGCUUCUUCACUCAUAGUUCUUCAAGGGGAUCAAGUUCUCCCUCAAGGCACUCCUACAGAACAGAUUCUAAGGUGCUAGAGAGAACCUGUGCAUGUACAGAUUAAGUAAUUAGGGCUUCCCACAUUUGUUUUUUGGCUUUUUCCUCUGAAUCUGUUGAGUAAAGCCAUCUUCUAGCAACCUUUUUGUUUAUUGUUUUUGACCUUUUUCCCCUUUAGCCACUUUGUAUAUUAGUUGUUAUAGUUUGAGGUAACUGGAGUAGGGGCUUUUCUGUUGAUUCGCAAGUUGUGCUCUUUACUCUUUGGAGAAUGUUACUUUGAUCCUGUCUGAAUACUUAAAGGGGAUUUCCAUUGUACGUAUGUUGACAUUAUUUACUUGGUUGUGUUGCUAUUCACAUGAUUUUAGCUUGUGAUAAACAAGAAAUACAACU